AUGGGUAACCAGGAUGUCGAUGCACAUGCUGCUAGCCAGGGCACGUCGAUGAGCUUUGGAGAGCAUACUCUCACCGAUGCCGCACAACCCUACCAGCCUGUACGAUCUGGGUCCGCUACCUCCAUACGACCUGAGAACUGUACCCCAGACACGACAGUCCCGCGCAGUCGUAGAAGCAUCAGCCGAAAUGGCAGCAGGACAAAUCCUAGAUCGCAAAGCGCGGCCAGGGUCAGGCGCGCAUCGCUUUCUUCACAGCACCUUGGCAAGCUGGACUCCCUAGGCCGGAAAGAAAGGGGCGCUCCGCUAUCCGCUGCCGCCGAGCUGUCGAAGAAGCUUGGAACAUUCUCCGGGGUAUUUGUUCCCACAACUCUCAAUGUUCUGAGUAUUCUUAUGUUUCUACGGUUUGGCUUCAUCCUUGGCCAAACCGGCGUCCUGGGAAUGCUGGGGAUGCUUGUCGCCUCGUACUUGAUCAAUCUGGUCACGACAAUGUCCAUCUCCGCUAUUGCAUCUAAUGGAACGGUUCGAGGUGGCGGCGCCUAUUAUCUUAUCUCGCGGUCUCUGGGGCCUGAAUUCGGAGGCUCGAUUGGGACUGUGUUUUACUUGGGCUGUGUCUUCAAUACCGGAAUGAAUGCAGUUGGUUUAGUGGACUGUCUUACUCAGAGUUUUGGCUCUGCUUCAGGUUCUUUGUCCAACUUCCUGCUUGAGGGAUUUUGGUGGCAAUACCUCUGGGGCACCAUCGUCCUGCUGCUGUGCACUGGGAUUUGUUUAGCCGGGAGUUCAAUUUUUGCACGAGCUAGUAAUGGGCUGCUAGCGAUUUUACUGGUGGCAACAUACAGCAUUCCACUCUCUCCGCUUCUUCUCAAGCCAUUCGCAAGCGGCAGACUGGGUAUAGAAUAUACCGGAUUCAGUUUAACCACCCUGCUCGGCAACCUCAAGCCCAGAUUCACCAAGGGAGCCGCAGGGAGUCAGAUUUCGGUCAAAGAGUCUUUCCAAAAUCUGUUUGGCAUACUGUACCCCGCGACUGGUGGAAUAUUUGCGGGCGCGAGUAUGUCAGGCGAUUUAAAGGACCCAAGUCGGUCUAUUCCAAGGGGUACCUUAUCCGGACUCGGUUUAACAUUUGUCACGUACAGUGUUGUCAUUAUCGUUCUUGCAUCUACCGCGACUAGAGAAUCUUUAUAUAGAGAUGUUAAUAUCAUACAAGAUACUAAUAUAUCUGCUGGCCUCAUCGUUCUUGGGGAGUUUGCGACUACCUUUUUCUCUGCCCUAAUGGGCCUCAUCGGCGCCGCUAAACUCCUCCAGGCCAUUGCUCGAGACAACCUCAUGCCUGGUAUUUCAAUCUUUGCUAAAGGCACGCCAAAGUCUGAUGAACCUACGCAUGCUAUUAUAUUCACUUUCAUGAUUGCACAAUUAACGAUGCUACUGGAUAUCAACCAGAUCGCAUCAUUCAUCACCAUGAUCUAUCUGAUGACUUUUUUGGUGACGAAUUUGGCGUGCUUCUUGCUUAAAGUUGGAUCUGCGCCGAAUUUUCGCCCGUCGUUUCAUUACUUUAAUUCAUGGACUGCGUUAGCCGGGACAUUAAUCAGCGGCGCUAGCAUGUUUUUCGUUGACAGCCGCUAUGCCGCAGGGUGUGUGUGCAUUUUGCUCUUACUGUUCCUCCUUAUCCAUUAUACUACUCCGCCAAAGUCAUGGGGCGACGUUAGUCAGAGCCUGAUAUACCACCAAGUCCGGAAGUAUCUGCUACGGCUUCGUCCUGAACAUGUCAAAUUUUGGCGGCCCCAGGUUCUGUUGUUUGUCGACAGCUUCGAGACACAGUACAAGAUGAUCCAUUUCUGCAACUCGUUAAAGAAAGGUGGACUGUUUGUGCUGGGGCGAGUGAUUGUUACUAGAGAGUUUGCUGGCGCAGUCCCUGAAGCGAGACGAGAGCAAACGCUGUGGAAUAGGUUUGUUGAGUAUUCCAAAGUCAAAGCUUUUGUGAAUGUUACAGUCGCGCCCACGAUCGAGUGGGGUGUUCGAAACGUGGUUUUGAAUUCGGGACUGGGAGGAAUGCGCCCUAAUAUCGUUAUUAUCAAUCAGUUCAAGCAUAAUUCACCCGCUGGCGAGAUAGGCAAUCGUCCUUUGGCGCGAGGUAAUCUUCCUACACGCCAUAAAACCGAUGGAGUCGAGCUGGAAAGGGAAGUGGUCGAUAGGAAAAGCCCUAUGAGCAUACAAAGCUAUGUGACGAUUUUGGAGGAUCUUCUUUUCAAGCUUCGCAUCAACGUUGCGAUCGCAAGAGGUUUUGAGGAUCUAGAACUACCUCAACCUAAGCAUCGGGGCGCAAAGCGGUAUAUCGACCUUUGGCCGAUUCAAAUGUCGGCUGAGAUUUCUGGUGAAGGUUGUUACAGUAGUCAGAACAUCGUGACAACCAACUUUGAUACCUAUACACUUAUUUUACAGUUGGGCUGUAUCCUACAUACAGUGCCGUCUUGGAGAAAUUCAUACAAGCUGAGGGUAGCAGUGUUUGUUGAAUAUGAAACGGACGUCGAGGAAGAGCGUGGAAGGGUUGUUGCAUUGUUGGAGAAGCUACGGAUCGAGGCUGAGGUGCUCGUGUUUUGGCUCGCGAGCGGAGGCCUGGCAUCAUACAAUAUCAUCUUAAACGGAGCGCAACCGGUUGCAGAACAGCACAUGAUGGAACGAGUUGACAAGGUUUUGGGGGGAGACGACUGGUGGCAUGACGUCAAGAGAUUUCGAAGGGGGGAGCAUGAUCGAAAGUCUAAAGGGAAGCCAGGGCAAGCUCCACGGUUGGGAUCUAUGUUGCCAGGACAACAAGAGGAGUAUGAAAACGGUCGACGAUACAACGGGCUGCGACGGAUCAUUGAGUCCUCCCGUAGAAGGCGAUCUGUGGGAACCCUUGGCGGCAUGGCACUCAGUCUGGGUAUGCAAACCCAGCGGCUUCUAGACUCGAUGGUCGAGUACCGCUCUGACGAAAGUGACGAGACUUCGUCUGAUGACGAGAGCGGGGUGGAAGCAUAUGUGAGUGAAGCAGACGACGAAGACGAAGAGGUUGAUGCGGAGGAGAUGGCAGAUGAGCCGACACCGCCAGCCGAUGAUGCACCAAGGCCAGGUCUCCUGGAAAGUCCAAGAAAGCCGCGCAUCAACCUUGGAAAGCGCCGUGCGGAUUCCGUAUCGGAGUCCGCAGUGACAGACUCGGCAGACUCUGGGACGGAACCUUCAGUCUCCAACCCGCCACACCCGGCACUCUCUAGGCUCAAGGCUGAAGGGAUCCCGUCGCCCCGAGACAAACCUGGCAUGGUCCGAACAUCCUCGACGGCGAGAUUCUCUUCGUCCCCGAUACCCGAAACGAAGGUUGCGACAGAAGAAGGCACAGGGCCAUCGAUCAUGUUUGCGGCGGCAGAAUCAGCGCGACAGGGGGCAAGAGCGGGAUCUAUCUACAAGCGGUCGAUUUCGCCAGAACCGCUUGGGCGUGGAUCGGCGGCCGAGGAAGGCCGAGCCUCUGGCUACCCAUCGCAAGCAUCCAUUCAGCUAUCUUUCAAUGAUCUGCCAUGCCGAGCCCAGCACCUCAUCGUAAAUGAACUGAUGAAAGCCCAUAGCCAGCGGACGGCAGUCAUCCUGACCACGCUCCCGUCUCCGGUCGAAGGCACGUGCCAGGAUCCCGCGGCCAGCCAGUUGUACUUGAGCGAUCUAGAGGUCCUGUAUAGUGGCCUCCCGCCCUGCUUACUUGUGCACAGCAACAGCAUGACGGUGACAAUGAACCUGUGA